GGAACUGUCCAGGAAAUAUGGCGAUGUGAUGUAUUUCGACAUCUUAGGAAAACCUCUUGUUGUUCUCAGCAGUCAAAAAGCCGCGUCCGAAUUGCUAGAGAAGCGCAGUGCAAUAUAUAGCAGCCGUCCACGCUCCAUCGUACAUGAGAUGGUUGGAUGGGCUGACAUGCUUGGGUUCUUGCCGUACGGAGAGCAGUUCCACAGGCAGCGCAAGGUCUUUCAGCAGGCUCUCGCGAAGCAGAGCUGUGUAGCAUUUCGCCCAAGUCAGCUGUCUCAAACCCACAUGCUUCUGAAGAAGAUUCUGCAAGACUCAGAGUGUUAUGAAGAGCAUUUGCGGCGAUUUUCCACUGCGGUCAUCAUGGAGAUAACAUACGGACACAAGGUAGCCUCCGAUGACGACCCUUACAUUGACAUCGCAGAGGGAACGAACAAGAUCAUCGUAGAAGCAGGACAUUCCCUAGCUAUCAUUGACUUCUUUCCUUGGCUCAGGUACUUGCCGAGUUGGUUCCCUGGAAACUGGUUCGGCCGUCUCGCCAAAGAUUCAGCGUCGUUUGUUGAAAACAUGCGGGACAUGCCUUUCGAGCAAGUGCGCCGGCAGAUGGCCGCUGGCAAUGCUUCGCUGAGUUUUACGUCGAUGCAGAUUGAAGAGCUCGAACAAAAUGGGGGACUAAAUCCUGAAGAUUUGCAGACCUUGAAGGUUGCCGCAUCGCAGAUGUACGCGGCUGGCGCAGAGACAACGUGGUCUACAAUCUUGAUCGUCAUCGCAGCGCUUCUUACCAACCCUAAGGCCCAGCGCAAGGCGCAGAAUGAGCUGGAUAGCGUUCUCGGCGGGAAGAGACUACCUGAGUUUGAGGAUCGUAGCUCGCUUCCUUAUCUCGAGGCCGUCAUUCAGGAGACGAUGAGGUGGCAUCCGACAGCACCGCUAGGUUUCCCGCACAGCAGCACCGCAGAAGACAUCUAUCGCGGCAUGUACAUUCCCAAGGGCACCACUGUCCUUGCCAACAGCAUCGCAAUGUCUAUGGACGACAAAGUGUACAACAAUCCCACUGAGUUCCGACCGGAACGCUUCCUCUCGCCUGAGUCUGAACCUCCGCUCGUGGGCAUUGAUUUUGGCUGGGGACGCAGGAUAUGCCCGGGACGACAUCUAGCCGACCCUAGCGUUUGGAUCGUCAUUGCGUCGUUCCUCGCCGUCUUCGAGGUCGUGCCCAUAAAAGAUGACAAGGGACAAGACAUCAUACCCGAGUUCAAGUGGCUUUCUGGUAUUUCGAGUCAUCCUGCGCCGUUCCCCUGCGUGAUACGCCCGCGUUCGGGUGAUGCGGUGCAAUUGGUCGCUCGGCUCUGACCGUGCGUCGGAUGAGUAAACUGAGC